AUGAAUAUUCAACCAAAUGAACAACCAGCAGUUGCUAAUAAUGAUACUUCAAUCUGUUUUAAUGAUGAACAACCAAAUAAUUCAUUGUCACCAAAUAUUGAAUCAAGACUUAGUUCAACAGUGAAUUAUUCUCAAGAUUCGCACGUUAAUGGACAGCAACCAGUUGUAUGGCGACUGGAUGGCGAACAAUGGGUACGAUAUUUGAAUUAUAUACAUGGUCCAAAUCGAAUAUGGACAGAAAAGAGUCAAGUGACAUCUUUCUAUUGUCGACGUUCAACCUAUGAACGAUUGAUGAAUCGUCAAUAUGGUCAUAUUAUUUUACAUGAAAAUGGUUUAAUAAUUGAUGAAUUAUAUUUUGUUUCAUUUCGACAAUAUAAAUUACGAAGUGUACAAGUACUCUAUAUCGAUCAACAUCCACAAAUAAGAGGUUUAAGAAUACAUACUUAUCUUGUAAGAGGAGACGCUAGUCGCAAAUGCUAUUUUGAUUUAUUUGCACCAUCAUCAGUUUCAUUGGAACAAAUACUAAUAAUCGCUGUACCAUACAUUAUUAAAAUAUCUGGAGUAAGUGCACUCGAUUCACCUUUGGAAGUAGUCCAUCUUCCUGGAUCAAUAUUGUCUACACAUAGCUAA